CCGUCAUUUUGGAUCCUUCCAUCGAGACCCAUGUCCCAUGUGCGGCACGUCGUAGUUUUCCUUUUCUGUUUUAAGUGCGUACAUUCUAUAUUUUGUAAAAUACGUCGUGCGGUUUCGAUGAAAGCUCUCUGAUUCAUUAUUGCUUUUCUUUAUUUCGCGCUCCAAAUUAAUAACCAAUGAGCUGACAUCGUGGGAUGAAAUCGUCAACGAUGGGCCGAUUCACUUUCUUCUGUGUCCUAGCUGCUGUGUUUGAUACAACUAAACAGCAGUUGAUUCGUGUUAUGGAGAGUAACUUCUCUGAAAUAGUCUACUCUCCUUAUUUUACGGACAAAACUAUGUUCAUUAAAUAUUUCAUGAGGGAGCCAAAACAUUUGAUGGUACUCGCCCCGCAAGGUUUUGGCAAGUCAACUAUCCUCUCUAUGCUUCAACUUUUCCUCGAUCUCCAGGCAGACCGGAAUGGGACCAUAAUUCAACCUAACACCACUCAAAAUGCACCCUUUUUCGAGAGAGUCAAGAUUCGGCGGGAGGAAGAAUUCUAUGAUCGUCAUUUUGCGCAACACCCCGUUCUUUAUUUGAACCUGAAACAUCUAGCCUGCCAUUCGAGCUACUUGGUGUUCGGUCGGACCUUCCGGGAUAUGAUCGUCCGCAUGCUCCUCAAAUACAAGUAUCUGCUUAGAAGUAGAAUCUUGGCCUCGAGGGCUCCUCAGGAGUACUACAGCUGCUUUAAGUUACUCUUCCAGCCUAAUUUUAAUCCUGAGCAUUUCGUACUCAUGGGUCGCAGGAUGACCAGGUACCUAUCUUGGCACUUCGACCGGAAAUGCGUGGUGCUUAUCGACGGGUUCGACGCGCCCGGAACGCGGAGCCUCCAACCGGGCUGCUCGUACCCUGGGAUGCCGGGCACCUCGACGGACAAGCGGAUCCUGGACGUGGUGGGCCGCUUCUUGACGGCCCUGCUGGAGGGUGACGAGUUCGUGAGUCACUCCCUGUCGACGGGCGUUACGCGGAUAGGGAGCAGCGUCGUCUACGCCAACCUCACAGCCGCCUCCACCCUCGACGAACCCGAUCUCGCCCCGUUCUUCGGCCUCAGCGAAACCGAGCUCCGGGACAUCGCCAUGAGUCGAGGGCAGCUCCACCACUUGGAGAGACUCGCGCUUUGGUACGGCGGCUAUCGUGCUCAAGGGAGCAUGCAGAGACAUUUCAAUACUCGUUCCGUAAUGACUUUUUUCAAGACUGGAAAAUUCAAACGCUAUUGGAGGACCCCUUCCGUCAUGGAACAGCUACGGGAACUAUUCGACUACGACCUUUUCGGGGCAUUUUUGGAAGGGGCCCUGAGCACAGGGCUCCCCGCUGCUUUGAACAAGAAGUAUAUGCGACUCAACUCGCUUAAAUUCCGGGGGCUAUUUGCCCCGUACUACAAAUACAGCCCAACGGACAACGACUUGAUGGUACAAUUCUUGCUAGAAAACGGCUACCUCACCCCUACAGGAGUGUCCGGAAAUUUCAUAAUCGGGGUUUCUACCCCUAACCUCGAGAUGAAGGAGGCUCUGCAGAAGCUCCUGUACAAGGAGAUGUUCUUCCGGAAAAAGUUCAACAUCAGUGGAAGGAGUAGUACCAUGGAAUACGAAAGAAGGAACAUUCAUUGCUUUACACGAAACUAAAUGAUGUCUGAGCAACAGGAGGCUGAAAAUGUUGCACCAAACGUUGGAUGUCCCUGCCCGCCACCCCGUGCGAUUAAAAGAAAGCCGAAGAUCACCAGAACAACGAAAAUAUUACAUUUGAAAAUAGAUGAAUUUGAUGUUGAAUUUGAAAAUAGACUUUCAAUAAAUUGUAAGUUUAAACCCUUAAA